CGUGAGGAAGUUUCUCUUGGCAGUCAGAGCCGCUUGGGUCAGCUAAAUGUAACUUUUUUUUUACUUGUUAAAACGUAAUUGCGUCAAAAUGUCAGAUUCUGAGCCGCUCCCUGAUGAGGAGGAGAGGGAAUUUCAAAAGCUCGUAGCUCAAAUCGGAGGAAAGGAGCGCAUUUAUCUGGUCAGCGACGCCUGCAGCGGCAGAAAGAAGGUGGACGGAGAUGACGUGGGGAUUUUUCAGGCGUUCAUCCGUGACAUGUUUCACAACAGCAGCCCUGCGAUCAGGACAGGACAGGCCCGUGGAUGCGCCGAGCAGACAGAGACUGGUGAAAGCAACGAGAUCCCUUUAACAGUGAGGAGCAGGGAUUUGGCUGCGGAGGACGGAGAGAAGGAGCAGCGGCCAGGCGGCAAGAAUCAAAGAACGGCGACAAAAAACGGCAACAUUUACAGCUCCAAGCGAGCGAUAGACUCCCCUGUCAUCGUAUUCAUCUUCAGACAGGCAUUCAUAAGCAAAGGUUCAAACCAGGCGUGCCUCAAAGAGAUCCUGAAGGACGUAAAGGCACGUACGAAACGUGCCUCUGUCACCCGGACGCCAGCUCUGAUUGGAUUGGUACACGCGACGCAGGAGAGCGCGGAGACGCGUCAGUGCGCGCAGGUCCUGGAGAGCAUGAUGCGCUUCGUUUUCCACAAACAUUCACCUGAAACCAUAUGGGUGGACUGUUUCAUCCCCAUGGCGGAGGCCAAAAUACUGAGCAUCAAGAAAAACAUCAGCAGAGCUGUUCACGCAUCACAAGCAGCAGGUAAUACCGGGGACAGAAGGAACCAGCCUUUGUGGCCAUUCCAAUGUUGCUUCAGGCCUCAGGGAAGAGAAGCCAGAGGCCAGACCAACAACUCUUCCAACUGCAGGCAAAAAGGUGAAGCCGGAAGUGAAGAAGAAGGCCUCCCUCUAAAACACAAAGUCUUCACUGCUGAGCCACAUGUGAAUAAGUUGGCAACGAAUGUUGGGACACAAGACCGACUGUAG